AAAAUCUCCAGCCUGGAGAUAUAAAAUAUCAACACAUAAACCAACAGCACCGACCAGAAACGCAGAAAAAUUUUCCGCCGCCACCUAGAGAAAACAAGAAAAGAAUUACCAUGGCUUACCGGCCUUUAAGCGCCUUCAGCAAGGACUCUUCCCAGGCGAUCUACCUCUACACCACACCGCUUCGGGGCGACUUCGUGAAUGGUAGUCGCAAAAAACCUAUCGACAUAUUCGCCCACUGGGCAGUAUGCAUUCAAGGCAUCUGCUACGAGUUGAGGGGGGGAGACAAGAAGAAAGGAGAACCGAAGUUUCUCUAUAAAUCAAUAUCCGAGCAGGAGUGGAGAGAAACGAGGCAGUACAAGGAUCGGGAGGAGCCAAAACAUGUGGGCUAUAUGAUCAGGCCAUAUACGCCGGAGGUGAUCGACAUUUUGGCUUCUCAUGUAUGGAAAAAGACUUUAAAAGAGAAAUAUGUAUACGACGAGAACAACUGCCAGGCUUUCGUCCGUCUGCUCGUCGAGCUGAUCGGAGACCCAGACGCAAAAGCCAAACUCCCGCACUUCUUUGACAAAUGGGUUAAAAACGCGGGUAUAACUCGAGACAUCUCUAUUCUCGGCAUCGCUACAGGAGCGACUCUCAUAGGUGUGGGUUUAGUAACUGCCCCAGUGGAUUUCGGGUCGACCGCUGCUGCGGGGUUUGGUUUGGCAGGUUCGAUGGUGUUCAGUUCAAGUGCAGCUUUGUUUAAUAUAAGAGACGGUAAAGCAAAACAUAUCCAAAAAGCACAAAAAGAGAUAAGAGAGGAACUAAGAUUGAAACAUGGGAUACAACUUGCAUAAGCAAGGAGCCGUAAGAUUGUCAUUAGUAUAACCGGAUAGAGUUCUUACUACGCUCCUG